UUUGAUAAGUAUUCUCGUUGGCUUUGGCAAUUUUUAUUUUGUUGGCUCACACUGGAUUGCAGACUGUGUAGUUGCACUGCCGGAACCGGUUCUCAUGGUGAAUUUUUACUAAUCUCCAAUUGAGAUAAAAAUCGGAAAUAGUACGUUUAAGGUAGAUAUGCAUAUUAUCUGUGGAAUUCGAUGUAAGAGAAAAGCAUGUACGUACGUAGUACGUAGGUAUAAAUAUUGUGUGAAAGAUCGAUAUAUGUAUGGCUGAAAGAAUCUUUGGCAGCCAAGAAUCUGAACGAACACAUUAGCAGCACUGAGGCGAGCGAAAUGAUGAACGGGACAACUAUCUUGGCGAGCUGGUUGCGUAACGAUUGAGGGCCUUGGCGGGAAGGAAACAGCGAAUGCAGCGCCAUGGCGAGCGGCGGUUUGCAUGUGUACGUCGUGGCAGUCGAGCGAGUUCUCGUCAUCUGGCUCGAAAGCUAAGCGGUUAAGCGACGAAGGCGACGAAGACGACGAGAGCCUGGAGCGGUCUGUGUGAAGGAUUUUAGCCCCGGCCCAGCUCCGACUUUUCUUCUUCUUGGAGCUCCCGGUGCCUGCCUGCCUUCACUUGGCUUGGUCGGAGCCGUGUCUUCUGUUUGGUGUUUUGUGUCGCUGACGUUAUAUCUCGCAACUAUGUGUAUUGUAUAAUAUAUACCGCACACCAUGCACACUAUAGACGGAUCCAACGACCAUACCCAGUGUAUAGAUAGAUAGAUGAAACGGAGAGAAAAUCGCGUAGCUUUUGUAUUGUGCCAUAAACGAACUACUUCUCAUAACGCAAACAGCUUCGGACUACUACGAUCGAGAAAAUUUUUAUACUUAAAUUUUUAUUAUAUUUAUACCACCAUGCUUUCUGUGAUGAGAUACAAAGCAUAAAAACUCAUCAAAAAAGUGACAACAGAGUGUGGUUCGCUUUUGGUGUGUUGUAUUUUGACCCCGAAACAGAAAGUUAUUAUUCGUCAUUAGAUUUUCGCUGUGUGAAUUAUUAUUAUUUAAAGUGGAUUAUAUUUUUAUUGAUAUAAACAAAUUCCCGAAGAGGUUGUUAUUUUUAUGGGUGAAACGUUUAAAAAACAUUAAAAGCCAGUCAUCCAUUCAAUCGGCACCGGACGGACAGCACUUGUACUUUAGAUGACGUAUUAUAAUCGUAAUAAUAAAAACAGAUAAUAAAAAGUAUAUAAAAGGUCGCCAUUAAACUACUGUUUACCAUAAAAUUAGAUAAACUAUCUGACGGUAACAUAAUAAUAAAAAAUAAUGACAACGUGAGGAAUGCCGUGAAACGUGGUGGUGAAUUGAGUGCUCGCGCGCAGCAGCUGGCGUUGGUCAGUUCUUUUGGUGUCGAUUUAACAUUGAUUGCGUUUUCUGACUUUUUGCGCUAACUUAAUCGGUGGUUCUGUGCAUACCAAUUACCCUCGCGUGGUAAAUCCUAAGGGCAGCGAGGGGCAACUGGACAAAUCCGCAACAGCAGUAUUAUCAUGGUGAAGUAUAUUAAGUCAGAUCUCGAAAUUUUAGAGGAACAUUCACAGAUAUUCGUUUAGUGCGUGUUGGCCUACGUGUGUUCGGUGAUUAAAGAGCUACAUUCUUGCAAGUUCAAAAUACGUAAAUAAAAAUAGACUUGAUCUAUAGUUUAUGCUUAUUGUACCUUCGUGUUGCGCUUGCCUUUCGUUAGGACGUAAUAAUUGGCAAUUGAUCUAUCCGUAUUAAGCCGCGUGUGUUGAAUAUUUAGCGCUAGUUCAGGUGUUUCGUGAUUCCCGGUCCAUAUUCAAGGCUGUCUAUAGACAAAUCGGACUAAUCAACACAAUGGAAACAUUGUUGUUUGCAAUUGAGACUUUCAAGCUGUAAUAUGUGCGAUGUCAAAAUUCGUUUUCGAUAGUAUGCUACCAAAGUAUCCACAGUUUCAACCGUUUAUAAGUUCGCAUCUACCAUCCCAUAAUCACUCGCCAUCGAUAGCAUCAUCGCAGUCUGUUUCUCAUCACACGACUCAUUCUGAAGGUAGUCCGUUGACAGGUUCCGAAGGCAGUCCUAAUACUCCGCCUACAGCCGUCGCAGCCGCAGCACAAGCAGCCGCAUCCAAAAUGUAUCCGUAUGUAUCGAAUCACGCGACAACGCACUCAAGCCUGUCUGGUAUGCCAGGAUUCUCUGGAUUAGAGGAUAAAUCAUGCAGGUAUACAGACAGUGUGAUGAAUAGCUAUCAAUCAAUGGGUGUACCAGGAGGUGCAUCGAGUUUCGCACAAUUCUAUCAUCAGGCUGCAUCCGCAGUAUCAGCUGCUUCAGGUGCCAUAGGUGUAGGAGUAGAUUCACUGGGAAAUGCUUGCACACAACCUUCGUCGGGAGUAGUUUCAACAGCGGGUACCGGCCAAUCAAUAGCUGACACACUUCCACGAUAUCCAUGGAUGGCGUUAACUGCAGACUGGAUGAGCAGCCCCUUCGAACGAGUUGUUUGUGGUGAUUUCAAUGGCCCGAAUGGUUGUCCCCGACGGAGAGGUAGGCAAACGUACACACGCUUCCAGACGCUCGAGCUCGAAAAGGAAUUCCACUUCAACCACUACUUAACACGGAGACGAAGAAUUGAAAUCGCACACGCACUUUGUUUAACGGAGCGUCAAAUCAAAAUUUGGUUCCAAAACCGGCGAAUGAAAUUGAAAAAGGAACUGCGUGCCGUAAAAGAAAUUAAUGAACAAGCACGUCGUGAUCGAGAAGAACAAGAAAAAAUGAAAGCACAGGAGUCCAUGAAGUCUGCCCAGCAGCACUCGAAACAGCAAGAGCAUUCAAUUGUGACGUCCCAAAAUUCAGGCCACCUGCAUCAUUCAGUUGGGCAAAAUGAUCUCAAAUUAGGUUUGGGCAUGGGUGUGGGAGUGGGCAGUAAUUUAGGAAUGAUGGGAACACUUGAGAAAAGCCAUGACCUUUUAAAGGCGGUUAGUAAAGUUAACACGUAAAUUGCGUUUUCUUUCUGAGGAUAAAUAAAUUUUAUACAAAAAGUUAAUAUUAACAAAAAGGAAAAAAAACUAAAACGUAAAAUAUAGGGUAAGUGAAAUUGAAAUUAAGAACCUUUCUCCUAAACGUAAAUAAAUGCAUAUGAAAAUUUAUUGGUAAGUUAGAAUUUAAUUUCAUUAAUUGAAAAACUUCAUUAUGGGAGAAGUCUAUUCGGAUGAAUUUAUAAUUCUUGUGUUCGCGCAUAUCAGUUGGAAGUUUCUACGUUAUAUUAUUUAAUUGAGACUCAAACUCCUAGAGAGUGCACUGUAAAUAAAAAAUAAUGCCAUUGGUUUAUACUUAAAUUGGGAGACCGAAAAAAAAUGAAAGUGAAAAAAUAUUUCAAUGAUGCCCGCUUAUCUAUGUAUAUGUUAAGGUCAAUUUAAUUUUUUACUGAGAGGUUUUAGAAUGCGUUUUAGAAAGUAUAAGCCAUAUAUUUAAUAGAGAAGAAUGUAUCUGCUUAUGUAAUAGUUCCCAGUGGAUUUGUCGAGACAAGUUAAUACUAUUCAUUAGCAUUGAUAUGGGAAAAAAUUUCAAAAAUUGAAAAAGUAACGUAAAAAUAAUACGCUAUAUAGCUAUACUCAUAUACGUACUAGUUUUUAAGAUAAUUGAAUGGAGUAUUUUAAAAUAAUAUACAAA